AUGACAAAACUUUUUAAAUCAAUUGAUCGUUCAUUCACCGCUGAUGUUUUUAUGGUGUUAUUUUGUGAUAAUAAAUAAAUAUAAACGAUAAUUGCGAAAUAUAUGCAAUUGUGGUGGUUUAGCAGUAUUCGAAAUUAGUGCAAUAAUAUUACUGGACAUGUAUGUAUAUGAGAAAAUUUUAAUUAACGUUUGAAAGUCAACAGCAAGCUACCUGCAUUGUAGAAAAUAUAUUCGCGAUUAAUUAUCGGUGACUGGACGUGUAUGAUUUAUAUUUAAAUGGACAAGUAGAAAGUGCAAAUGCUUUGAUGCGUUGUACGUAUGUUUGCUAGUGAUUCAGCAAUUCUGUGGAGACUCGAUAUAUUUCGUUCUCAUGACGUAGUGUGUUUGACGUACAAUGACGUCGUUCGCGAACUUGACGCAGUCGCUCGCGUCCAGCCUCCCGUCCACGUCGACGGCUAACGGCGGCGGCGCCUCCGCCACCGACCAGGAGGACCCGCUCGCCAUGACCCACAUCAUCUGCAACCUGUUGGAGAACAUGAACAAGCCCUCCGGCAUGCAGCCGACCGCCUCCACAUCCACCUCAUCCGCCAUCCCCUACGACAUCUGGGCGCUGCCGUCCAGCAGCUCGCUGCAGAACCCCGUCGGCACCAGCCGUGAGUACAAUGUCUCUUCCAACAAUAACAAUCAACAUCAAACCAAAGAAGACAACUCCAGUGGCUCGCCGGGCACCUCCUCUUCCGUGUCCAUAACUUGUUUCCGAUGUGAGGAGCGCUCGCCGACCACACGAUGUCUCGAAUGCAACGAUCUCUUUUGCCACGAAUGCAGCCACAAAGUCACAUCUGACUGCCAGUUGAGAGAUCACACACUACUCCCUAUACACCAAAUAUCGCCAAUCGGUGCGCGACCCAACUCUGUGAAUAAUGAAAAGGAAAUUAUGUAUUGCGAGCUGCACGGGGACCCUGUCAGAUAUUACUGUGAGGCUUGUAUCAUCUUCAUAUGUCAGGAAUGUACGCUUUGGGUGCACAAGGAUCAUUGUUACUCGCCCAUCAAAGGUGCCCUCGAUAUGUGUCGUAUAGGAGUAUUCAGAGCUAUAGAAGAUACCAAAACCGGAACUAAAGCGAUUAAAACAGCCAUAGACCGUGCAGUGGCGAUGUCUAAAGCUUACGAAAAGGAAACUGCAGAGGCUAAUAUGAAAAUAAGGAAAGCUAUGCGUUGUUACGCUCAAGCUAUCGAGGAUCGGGAGAAAUAUUUAUUGGAUAAAGUCGAAAAAAUGCGCCAGGCGAAGAUGAACGAGUUGACCGACCAUAUGAACACCCUGCGGGGGAUAUUGGCCGGGUUAGCUCACACUAACGAAACCCUAGUGCGUAGUAUGGACUCUGAAAGUAUAGAUUUAUUUAUGGCUAAGGAAAAAGGUAGGGCUCAGGUAGAUUACUUCUCUUGUAUGUUUAAAAAUAUGUAUUUGACGGAAGAGAGAAUUAUGUUCAUACCGCCGAACUAUGACCUAGUGGAUCAGUUGAAAAGACAAUGUGAUGUCCAGUCUGCGCCAGUGAGUUCGUUGCAUUCUCUUAACACGGUGUCCACGCUGCCGUCUCGCCAGUCUUUCUUGUCGCUCGGCUCUUUGCAAUCUGCUCCCAGUUUUUCGCAUCUCAGCUAUAAUCUAGCCGCUAAUAGUUUACGUUCGCUUCCUGAUUACUCAAGCACACCUACCAGAUCUACUAAUUAUUACGAUCACAGCAUCACAACUAGUAUAGCAAUGGACUCCAAUCCAUCUCGUGGUGUAGGACAGGCCAUCCCAGGGUAUUGGAUGUCGGUUACUGUGAGACCCACGAGGAGUCCGGUUCCUGGCGUCCCUAUGUUUUCUUUUGGUAGAGAGGGUCUGGACGAAGGACAAGUGUCUAGACCGUGGGGUUUGUGUGUAGAUAGAGAAGGUAACAUAAUAAUAGCUGAUCGUAGAAAUAAUCGAAUACAAAUAUUUAACAAUAGAGGAGAGUUUAAAACAAUGUUCGGCUCUAAAGGGACGGGUCCUGGUGAGUUCGAUCUCCCGGCGGGAAUAACUACUGAUACCUACGGUCGGAUUAUAGUCAUAGAUAAAGAUAAUCAUAGAGUCCAAAUAUUUACGUCUUCUGGCAACUUUAUACUUAAAUUCGGUUCCUUUGGGAAGGAGUGCGGUCAGUUCCAGUACCCGUGGGACGUAGCAGUUAAUACCCUCGGGAACAUAGUAGUGACUGACACACGAAACCAUCGCAUACAACUUUUUACCAGUGAUGGUACUUACAUCACUAAGUUUGUUUUCGAAGGAGCCAACCCCGCGAAGAUGUUAAAAGGUCCGACGACGCCUAGAGGAGUGUGCUUCACGACGACAGGCAACAUUAUCGUGUCUGACUUCGAGAACCACCGCCUCCUGAUGGUUGACCCGACAUUGACGAAAGUUCUAUACUGUGUAGGGCGUGAGGGCUCGGGCAUAGGGGAACUGAAUCGUCCUUCGGGAAUAGUGACGGAUGACGACGGUCGCAUAAUAGUGGCGGACUCGAAAAAUCAUCGCGUGCUGGUGUUUACAUCGGAGCUUCGCAUACUGUGGGCCGUGGACCUGAAGAGUCCGGGCCUCGAUGACAAGGACCGGCCCAGUGACGUGGCGCUGACGCCCGAGGGGUACCUGGUGGUUCUGUUUGAGACGCUGCCCGACACCGCACGCGACAUCGGCUCCCAUGGCAAACAAUACAUCAAAGUGUAUUAAAUAUAUUUUAUAUUAAGACAAACUGAGUUCUCGGACCUAAGGUCCCCGUAUUUUAUUUUGUUUCGUUUAAGUUGUGAUUUCUUUGACAAUGUGCCAAUUUUAUUAUUAACGUUUGGAAAGGUUCAUAUCGAGCAUGGCUUGCGCGUGGUGUGAUCGAUCGCUGCCGCGAGUGAUCACCUUCAUGACGAAUAUAAUUCUCUCUAAGUCCAUAUUAUUUUUCGUUACCAAUGUAUGAUUCGAUUUCUGUUUCCGUAUUAGCCUAGUCUGUAAGGACCAAACAAUGUUUGCAAUGUAAAUUACAGCAUCAUUUAGAAGCCGCAAUAAUUAUUAUUAUAAUAGCUGUCUUAUAAUCGAUACUAUAGAUAACACCAAACUAAUAGUUAAUCAUUAGGUAAACUGUAUUAUUAACUUGUAACGUACAUAUAUUUACAUACCGAUCCGGUCUCUGACAUAGUAAAACUGCAUUAGCAAAAUACAUAGAGAAAAAUAUACUUACUAUUAUGGAAUACUUAUCACGAUGUGAUGUAAAAGAUUUUUAAUGUGAGAUAAAUUAAAGAGAUAACUUGAAAAGUAUUUUUCCAAAAUGUUACAUUUUACGUUUUUUUUUUAACUUGGUUAAAUUGAUUAACGAACGUUGACAUGUAUUUUUAUGAUAAAUUAUUAUUUCGCAUAAUGAUUUAGGUGCAUAUAAUAUUUUAAUCGUAUUAUAGUAUUUUUAUCGGCGAUGCGAACGCUGUAUUGGCUUAAAAUGAUUUUAUUUUAUUUCGUUUAGUUGCUUCCGUGUUCCUUCAAUCGAAUUUGUUUGGAUGGGAGUGAAUGUUGUAUUAUCGGAACUGUGUUGAGCAACAGAAUCAAUGCAAUAAAACUUUGAGACUGACUUCAGAAGACUGUCUUAAAGAUGAUGGUUGGGCCGUCGGGGGCGGCGGGGGCGCGGGCGGCGGCGGGGCGGCGAGGGCGCGCCGCAAACGAACUGCGUUUAAUUACCAAAAUUAUUAGGUAUUAUAAUUGUAACGUAUCGGCAGGUAGAUGAACAAAAUGGCGGUGAAGCGCCACAUUUCUUUGGUGAUUCGUUAAAAAUCUUAGAAGUGAUAUUUUUAAUUUCUUUUUGAAACCUUUUUUUUUAUAUCUACUUUAAAUCUUUCGACUGACAAUUUCAAAGGAACGACUUGACUGAGUAGGAUUCUGUUGAGAAAUUUUAAUUGUACUGUUAUUUUCUAAUUUAACGCGUUUAGCUGUAAUACCCAGUUAUUCUGGAUUAAAUUUAGUUGAGAGUGUUGUAGGCAGGGACUCUACGGACUUAUCUAUGAAACUAGCUAAUUUAUAGAUUUAUAUAUUACAUUGAUAAUAAUUUUAAUUGAUUUUAUAUUAUCACUGUGUUUUUAUACAAUCAAAAUUUUUGUAUUAGUUCAAAUAUUAUAGUGAAAUUCUUUUUUGAAAAAGAAAUAUGAAAUCUAUGAAAUGUUCUAUUUUUCAAAUGUAUGAUUAAGUAGCAUUAAUAUAAACUACUAUGUGUUCAGUCAGUAUGUGUUCACUUAAUAUAGUUAACUGUACAAGUAAGUUUAGUUGCAUGCCAAUGGGACGCAGUCGGUUCCACGAACCUUCUCGUUUCGAUGUAAUCGUUGUGUCCUUGUAGUUACUCUUACUCUCCGAUCCCUGCUGUAGUCACCAUUUGAAUAUGCAUCUUUUAAAAUUAAACUUUAUCGCUACGGUCAUAAAAUUUAAUAUUAAAUGCAUCAUACAACUGGUAAUAUAUUUGGGGAUGUUGCAGUUUGUGUACACGUCGAUAGCAGAGCAGAUAGCACUUGUACCAAUAUGCAAUAAUAAAAAAAUAGUUUAACAUUCGUACAUUUAAUGGAUGCUUUGGUACUUGGGUCAUUAACGGAUUAUAAUAAAACAAUUAAAAUAUAUCAGUUAAUCUGCUUGGGGCUCGAUGUGUAUUUAAUAUUAUAAUAUUGUUACUGCUUGAUUAGACUUCGGUAUAGUUAUAAUAUAGUUAAAUUAAGGCCGGUUUUAGACGUGGCGUGUCGUAUGUUGCGUUUGCGCAAAAACGCUAGUCGCGUUCUGUUUUUAAAAUAUCUUAUUCUAGUCUCCCGCCCUAAUCUGGUGUCAGCAUUAAACAACAUAUACUUGGUUUUAUACAUUUGUUUUUAAAUUAAAUCUCUCGUGUUUAAGGUAAUUUUGUCACAAGAGAAGUCGAUGUGUUGUUAAACACCCGUUAUACCCCUUUCAUUGAUCGAUAUUCCCACGAAAGAAAUGGUAUACGAACAACAGACUACAACUGGCAACUGGUUUGUGUCGUGUUGGCACUUGGAAGGGGAGGUAUGCAUUUAUGCAAAACUGUUGUUACUGCUGUCAGUGGCGUACAACAGCGUACAUACUCAUACACGUAUCAUACAACACGCUUAUCUAAAACUGAUUAUAAUAACGGAAAUCGUUGAAAUAACUAUCAAAAAAAUUAUCUCGUCUAUAUUGUAUAAAAGCAAUGUCAAUGUUCUCCAUCUAAAGCAUAAUUAUACUUGUAAGUUACAAUACGUCUAGAUUAAAGUUUUUCACCUUUGUACUUAGAGUUACGCUAGACUAAGAUACGUUUAUGUGGUAUCCAUUAGUGUUUGGCUUCAAACAAAAAUUUUCAUGCGGGCAAGUAGAAUUGGUAAGGUUUGGAUUAAUAAGUAUGCAAUUGACUGUUUCGUGAGUCUGAAUGUGUUGUAUACGAAAAUUGUUGUUUGAAGCUUAUAUUAGUAGUGAAUGACGGAAAUAGAUAAAAUGUUCGAUACGAUGUGUGUGUGGUGUAUUAGUUUCGGCUUGAGCUCACGCGAGUGGCGUAGGCUGGAUGUCAAUGAGUGCUGCAAACAUUAUCAGAUACGUAAGGUGCCUAAUGUGUUGGUUUAUGUGUUAGCUUUUCAUUUUGGGCCGAACUCAACAUACCAGCUCGUGUAUCUAUUAACUUACGUAAAUGGUAGAGUUCAAAUUAUUUAUAUAUUCUUUCGAAAUCCGCCGAUUUGUCAAAGGUUUCUAGUUUAUAAGAUCUUAUCAGAAGGUGAUUCGAUGCUGAAAAUUAUUUGUAUGUAAGGCGUGCACGAAGAAAGUUUGAGCCAAUAUGAAUAGUUAGCGCCGUGUGAGCGCGAGCGAAGACGUUACGUGUGAAGUCGCUCUAAAUUGUGUGCAGUGUAUUGCGUCUUGAAUGUGAAUCUUAACUCCGAAUAUCACGUAAAUAUUUUUUUGUUUCCAGUUAAUUAACUUUUUGUUCAGUGCCAUUAUUAAAGUAUUAAGUUAUUUUAAAAAUAAUAUGUUGCAUAUAAUGCAGUUUUACCUUUAACUCUUUGGGAUUUUGUAUUAUUUUGUCUCAACCUACAAUAUUUACAUUGCCGACAACGAAUCUCAUAGUUUUAACCCGACGCUUAUUGUGUCGUUCUAGACGGAUUUGCAAAGCAAUUUCCCAAUAUCCAUUGGUUUUGUGCGGAGCGGCGGCUUCUAAGAAUGUCACCGAUCUGGUGCAAUUUGCACACUUAUGCCACUUAACAGUUUUAAGAAUGAUUACAUUUCCAAUGAUAGUCCCUACAGUUAUAUUUAAUACAGAUAUUAUAGUAUUCCAUGUUACACUCUUACUAAACAUAAGUAUUGUAUAUUCUACUAUACCAAUCAAUCAUAUACUUCUAACACUAUCAAACAAAAGUCAAAUUUUCAAAGAAAACCGGCCAGAGGUCGUCGUUUUGUAAGUGAAUUAGCUGAAAGCUGCUGAUGCAUUACUUAAUUUUAAAAUCAGCAUUUAAUUUGAUAUAAAUUGUUUUAUUUGAAUUAUUUUUGUUAAUGUAAAGUAUUUUGUGGAUAUAUCACGAGUGUGUUAUGUCGGUUAGAACGUCGAGAUCGUAGGACGUGUUCGCUUUAUGAAGGCGGCAGCGCGGGUCCGUGUGCAACACACUUCUGACAUAAUCAUGAAAUUAACGAAAAUGUAUUUGAUCGCGUGAAUGCGAGGCGCGUACAUUGUGAGAGCUGCUAGCUGCUAGCAGUAUAAUUGUGGUUUUGUGAUAAAUACAAUAAAAUUGACAACUAAAUAAUAAUCGAAGCGUGAUGGUAAUUUUUGUACAAGUUUUUUUAGUGCUAAAGAGUAACGCGCAAUCGCUAACCGUCGAUUGUGAUCCAGCACCAGUAGAGUACGGUUUGUAGCUUGAACUAGCAGCCGUGCGAACACCACAAUAAGACGCAACACCCAUAUACUGCAAUAUGACUAUGGUGUAUUGAGAUUUGAAGCUACCGUAUUGAGCCAUUUUCGUGCUAUUUUACGAUCGCUGUAUUUUUGUAACGUUAACUAGGAGCUUGUGUUGUGUUAGUAUUAGCUUUAUUGCAGUCGCGUGCCCUUUGUCGCGGAAGUGCUCGGAGGCCCGACGGUCGAGCCAGUCGCGGUCCGCCCGCUCGCCGGCUCUCCGCGUGCGUUGCUUUGUAGUAACGUUAUUGUUAUUGUAAAUGUAUGUGCGCGUCCGGCAACAUCAAUGCGAUGUACAAUACGAAGGGCAGGCGAAUGCAGCCGUCGAUAUCAUGUGUAAUUGAGAUAAGUAGUAUUUUUGUAUAUCACCCCGCCGCGGGGCGACGUGCCGCGGUUCCAGCGCCGCCGGCCCGCGCGGGAUGUAGUUGUGUUCAAAUUUAUGACCGCGUCUACCUCAUUUUGUAAAGUAUUAAAGACUGAUUGGGUAUAUUGUAACGGUGGUCAGAUCACCGCUUUAGAAGCCUGUUGUCUACUAUUAUAAGAAGUUUGUGUAGUGUUAGCACCCAAUAAUCAGUCACCGGUCGGUUUUAUGUAAUAUUUAAUAGAAAUAGUAUUAUAAUAUAGCACAUUUAUCUCUCUCGUAUAUAGUUAGCAUGUAAUCGAAGGUAGACAACAGUCUUUUUCUUUUAUAUCUAUAUCUUAUGUUACUCUUCUGUAAUAAUGUUGAAGAAGACUGAAAUUUUAUAAAUGUUCCUAUAUUUUAAUUUAGAAUAAUUUACUGCCUACCAUGUUUCAUUUUACAUGUUUUUACCCAUUCGGUAAAAUAUUACUUUGAUUCUUAUUAUUUCUAAUCUUAUCAAUUCGUGUAUGACGCUAUAUAAUGUCAGAUUUUUGAAAUUUUUAAUGGAAUUUUGUAUGAGAAAUUAAUCAAGUGAUUGAUAGGA